AUGCCCCAAGCAGGGUACACAGGCUGCAGAGGUGCCAUGGCCAACUCAUACCUGCUGCAGUGGCUGCUGCUGCUGCUGCCCAUGCUCUGUGGCCCAGGCACUGCUGCCUGGACCACCUCAUCCUUGGCCUGUGCCCAGGGCCCUGAGUUCUGGUGCCAAAGCCUGGAGCAAGCAUUGCAGUGCAGAGCCCUAGGGCACUGCCUACAGGAAGUCUGGGGACAUGUGGGAGCCGAUGACCUAUGCCAAGAGUGUGAGGACAUCGUCCACAUCCUUAACAAGAUGGCCAAGGAGGCCAUUUUCCAGGACACGAUGCGGAAGUUCCUGGAGCAGGAGUGCAACAUCCUCCCCUUGAAGCUGCUCAUGCCCCAGUGCAACCAAGUGCUCGACGACUACUUCCCUCUGGUCAUCGACUACUUCCAGAACCAGAUUGACUCAAAGGGCAUCUGUAUGCACCUGGGCCUGUGCAAAUCCCGGCAGCCAGAGCCAGAGCAGGAGCCAGGGAUGUCAGACCCCCUGCCCGAACCUCUGCAGGACCCUCUGCCGGACAAGCUCAUCCUCCCCAUGCUGCCCGGGGCCCUCCAGGCGAGGCCUGGGCCUCACACACAGGAUCUCUCCGAGCAGCAAUUCCCCAUUCCUCUCCCCUAUUGCUGGCUCUGCAGGGCUCUGAUCAAGCGGAUCCAAGCCAUGAUUCCCAAGGGUGUGCUAGCUGUGGCAGUGGCCCAGGUGUGCCGCGUGGUACCUCUGGUGGCGGGUGGCAUCUGCCAGUGCCUGGCUGAACGCUACUCCGUCAUCCUGCUUGACAUGCUGCUGGGCCGCAUGCUGCCCCAGCUGGUCUGCGGCCUCGUCCUCCGGUGCUCCAUAGAUGACAGCGCUGGCCCAGGUGAGCCGACAGGAGAAUGGCUGCCGCAAGACUCUGAGUGCCGCCUCUGCAUGUCCGUGACCACCCAGGCAGGGAACAGCAGUGAGCAGGCCAUACCACAGGCAAUGCUCCAGGCCUGUGUCGGCUCCUGGCUGGACAGGGAAAAGUGCAAGCAAUUUGUGGAGCAGCACACGCCCCAGCUGCUGACCCUGGUGCCCAGGGGCUGGGAUGCCCACACCACCUGCCAGGCCCUCGGGGUGUGUGGGACCAUGUCCAGCCCUCUCCAGUGUAUCCACAGCCCCGACCUUUGAUGAGAACUCAGCUGUCCAGAAAAAACACCGUCCUUUAAAGUGCUGCAGUAUGGCCGGACGUGGUGGCUCACACCUGUAAUCCCAGCACCUUAGGAGGCCGAGGCAGGAGGAUCACUUGAGGUCAGGAGUUCGAGACCAGCCUCGCCAACAUGGUGAAACCCCGUUUCUACUAAAAAUACAAAAAAUUAGCCAGGUGUGGUGGCGUAUGCCUGUAAUCCCAACUACUCAGAAGGCUGAGGCAGGAGAAUCGCUUGAGCACAGGACUGCAGCCCAGGAGGCAGAGGUUGCAGUGAGCCGAGAUCGCACCACUGCACUCCAGCCUGGGUGACAGAGCAAGACUCCAUCUCAGUAAAUAAAUAAAUAAAAAGCACUGCAGUAGCUGUGGCCUCAACCUGAAGUCAGCGGGCCCAGGCCUACCUCGCUCUCUCCCUUGGCAGAAAAGCAGACGUCCACAGCUCCUCUCCCUCACAAGCGCUCCCAGCCUGCCCUCCAGCUGCUGCUCUCCCCUCCCAGACUCUACUCACUGGGACGAGGUUAGGUCGGGAGGACACCAAAAACCUAAAAAUAAACAAAAAGCCAAACAAGCCUUAGCUUUCUUAAAGACUGAAAUGCCUGGAAGUGUCCCUUUAUUUAUAAAAUAACUUUUGCCAUAUUGGUUAUACAUGUUUCUUGUAAGAAAUUCAGAAACUACAGACAAAAAGACAGUGGAAAUUACCCAAUGUCAGGCCUCUGAGCCCAAGCUAAACCAUCAUAUCUCCUGUGCCCUGCACAUAUACAUCCACAUGGCCUGAA